AUGGCCAGAGAAACGCGCGCAACCAGCAAUCGGCGAGCCAAACGCCACAACCCCGCCGCCGGACGCAUCACCAGGUCACCUCCCUCUCCCGCAAAGCCAUCACCGUCCUCUACGCUCAACCGCCCUUCCAACCAUUCAGAUCUCACCACCACCAACCAUGCCUCAUCUUCCUCCUCCUCCUCCUCCUCCUCCGCCGCCACCGCUGCCCCAAUCCAGCAAACUGCAGCAGAAACCGAGCCCCCCACCAUCGACGACGACGACCUCUGCCCCAUCUGCCACCUCCUCCUCUACCACCCCGUCCUAACCACCUGCAACCACGCGCUCUGCCGCUCCUGCAUGUCUCGCUGGGCGGACAUCUCCACGACGUCCGGCCAGAUGACCAUCGUGCCCCUAUCCGACGCCGUCCCGCCCCCGGAGCCCGACGCUGCAGCAGACGUGCUCGCAGACGAGGCGCGCUGUCCGAUGUGCCGGACGCCGACGCGGGCGGUGAGGGACGCGCGCAGGGAGGAGGUGUUGCGGGCGCGGUAUCCGCGGCGGUGGGGGGAGAGGGAGAGGGAGGAGAGGGGGGAGGGGGGCGAGGAGGAUGGAGGAGGGGGGGAGGUCAGGGCGAUGACGGUGUUUGUGGGGAAUACGCAUGAGUUGUUGGAGGUGCGGGAGGGGAAUUGCCAUGAGUGGACGUUUUUCGUGAGGCCGGGGGAUGUGGAUGUUGUGGAGGAGGUGCAGAUUUUGCUGCAUCCGACCUUCCGGCCUCCGCGCGUCAUUCGAGCCAUGCCGCCGUAUCAGAUCACGCGCAUCGGAUGGGGCUACUUCACUGUGCAGGCCUACAUCAUCCUCAAAGCCGGGUACACGUGGAUCAGCGAAGAUGCCCAGCCCACUCCUGAUGGAGUCGAGAAAGGCAUGCUGCCUCUGGAGUGGAUGCUCAGUUUUGAUGGUGACGGAAGCAUGGGGAGGUGUCGACUGAAGUACAAACACGAGAUCUCGGCUGAGGAAAGCGACAGCAGCGAUGAUGACGGUAGUGAAUACGAGGAGUGA